CACAAGCAGCUUCCCCUGAGAGUCUGUUUAACAGAAGGUUUCAUCAGUCUUAACCAGCGCAUUUCUUUGGGCAUUUUUAUCUUUGCUAAAUUUCCCGCAGAGAUACAUACUUUAUAAAGGAUGAGUCGAUUUUCAAGUGAUUCCUCCAUUCCACAAUCUGAAGAUCCAAGACCCUCCAACCCUUCAGCUAAAAGAAAAUGUGAAGUUUAUGUAGAUAAUCCACAAUCCUUACAUGUGGUGGCAAGGCCUCCUAAGAGACGUUCACUUGUGCAGCCAGGAGUACACAAUUGUACCUCAAACAAAUGUGAACUAUGUGAGAAACAUCUGAAAAAUAUCAGAGUCUUUACCAGCACAACUAAAGAAGAAAGCCAUGAGAUAAAAGGUGUUUUUACAUGCAAGUCAUCUAGCGUCAUUUAUGUAAUAGAAUGCCAGAAGCCUGACUGCAAGAAACAAUAUGUGGGGAAGACAAGAAAUUCAUUAAAAAGCAGAUUCAGCAGACACAAAUCAGAUGUUUCACGUAAAUGCAACCUACCAGUUUAUGAGCAUUUCAACAGCAAAGGCCACAGCUUCCAAGAUUUAAAAAUUUUUCCAAUUGAACAACAUGAUGAUUUAGAAAUGUUGGAUAAAAGUGAAAUUUUUUGGAUAAAAACACUUGGCACGCAAUAUCCUGAUGGUCUCAAUUUGGAAAUUUAUGAAUCAGAAUUUUCACCAAUACCUUGCAAAAGACGAAGAGAGUUAAGUAGCCUGCCUUUAGAAGCUCAACAGAAACUGGAUAAAUGUUAUGAGUCAGAAGAUGAAGCAAGAUAUAUUAUAUCAUCAGUGUAUGAAAAACUGCAGGUGCUGUCUUGCUCUGGUAAUGAUGAUGAAUUCCUAAACCAACUGAGGAAAAUGACUUUUACCCUAAGCUCCAACAAGAUUUAUGACAACUUAUAUGUUGGAAUAUUUGGAAAGACUGGAGCUGGAAAAAGUUCACUGAUAAACGCCCUUCUGAAUGAAAUUAAUUUGUUGCCCACAUCAGGCCAGAAGGCGUGCACAUCCUGCAUUGUGGAAGUAAAGGCUCAUGAAGAUUUAUUUAAUGAAACAUACAAGGCAGAAAUUGAAUUUAUCAGCAAAGAGGAUUGGAUCAAAGAGCUAAAGACCCUUGUUGAAUGCUGUCAGAUUGACAAUGACCAGGACAUGUCAGAUUCUGAUGAUGAAGAUCAAGAUGGAGAGGACAGUGAAGGUGAAAUGGCAAAAGAAAAACUAACAGCAGUGUAUGGAGAAGAAGGGCCAAGCAAAAGUUAUGAUGAAUUAGUAAACAUUAAGCUGGAAAUGUUUACUCCCCCGAAGAAGACAAUUGAAGCAGAAUCGGUUAAAGAACUGUCUAAGAAUAUAAAUCACUUUAUCCGGAGUGAUAUGGACAGCAAAACCAAAAGCUACUGGCCUCUGGUGAAAUCUGUAAAACUGCGUGUACCCAGAAAUCCAAAUCUUCUCGAUAACGUAGUACUGAUUGAUUUUCCUGGAAUUGGAGAUACCAAUAAGGACAGAAAUGAAAUGUGGAAAAAGUCCUUAAGCAAAUGCACCUCUGUCUGGAUUGUCAGUGAUAUUACACGGGCAGAAUCUGACCAAAAUGCUUUAAAAAUACUAAACAAUGUUUUAAAAGAUAUUGUUGGUGGAGGACAAUGCCAAAAUAUUACCUUUAUCUGCACCAAGACAGAUAUUGUUGGCAUUCAGAGUGGUGAUAUGACAGAAGAACAACAAGGAAUAUCAAGUGAAAACACAGAAAAUGAGUGGAAACAAAGAGAAAUACUAAAAAGAAAUGGCUCGGUGAAAGAAAAACUAAAAAAAAAAUAUGAGACCAUUGCAAAGAAAGUGCUUGGUCCUAAAGUGCUGUCUCUGGAGGAUUUCAUUGAAGUGUUCACAGUGAGCUCAGAACAGUACAGAAAUGAGAGAAAUCCAGUCUUGAGUAAGGAUGAAACAGAAUUUCCAAAGUUGGAAAAACACCUGAUGGAUCUUUAUGUCACCCAGAUACAGAAAGAAGUAGAAAACUAUGUGACUGUAGUAUCAGGGAUAACAUCCUUUCUUAAUGUCCCACAAAAAAAUGCCAAGGAUGAGGGUAAAACAAAUAUGAAAACCUUCAAAGAAAUGAGUGGAAACCUCACUAAAGAACUUCAGGGACUGGAGAAAUUUUUUGAUUCAUGUAGUAAAAACCUUGAAAUUGAGCUGAAUAAAGGUGUAAAUACAGCAACCACAGAGUGCCUGGAGAAUGCUGCCAACAUUUUAAAGCCUAAAAGAAAAAAAGAUUAUCGUGGUUACCAUAAAACAGUAAAAGCUUUGGUCAGAAAUAAUGGGACUUACAAGUCUAAAAAUGGAGAAGUCCAUAAUCUAAACAGUAAAUUGGCCUCACCUCUCUACAAGUCUGUAGAUGACAAUUUUAACACCACUUUCCGCGUGUAUCAUGGUACAAGGAAUACUAUUAAAGGUGCUCUGAAUGUACUUCUGACUGAAGUCCCUAAUACGUCUGACAGAAUUACUCCAUUACGUCUUGUGUUUAUUCAAUCUCAGUUUAAAGGUAUAAUUGCAUCUUUGGAAAAAGAAAUAAUUGAAAAGAAAGAAAGUCAUGUACAAUUCUCUUGACUUAUCCAUUCAGAAAGAACUGGCCCCUGUUUACGAAGAUGCCAGAAAUAUAAAAGGUUACAAUUUUAUGACAAAUGUGCAAACAAUGUUCACA